CAGUGUGUGAGGUGGAGGAUGAGGGGACAUGUGGGGCAGAAACCUCCUCAUUCACGCCUCUUUUCCCCUCGUUAUAAAACUCUCAGAUUAACAGAUGACAGUUAUACAGCAGGUUUCUGUUGACAGAAUGAAGAUCAUCAUGUUUCUCCCACUUUUGCUUCUGGUCUGCUCUGUUUCAGCAGAUCAGACUGAGACUGCAGGCCAACAGUCCUGUCCACAGGACUUCCAUGCUGAGCUGAGAGAGCUGACCGCCUCAUUGGCUGUGCAGACAGAGCGGAUCACUGUCCUACAGAGAGAGAAUCAAGUUCUUUCAAACCAAGGAGCGAUAGAGCAACAGACUGAGAUCGACCAGCUGAAGCUGCAGUCAAAAGAACUAGAAGCAAAGCUGGAGAGUCAGAAAACUGAGAUGAACCAGCUGAAGCAGCUGUCAGAAGAACAAGCAGGAAAGUUGAAGACUGAACUGCAGAACCAGAGGACUGAGGCCAACCAGAUGAAGCAGCAGCAACAUGUCACACAGGUGGCUUUCUCAGCCUCUCUGCUGGAACAAGGUUAUGGAGAUACUGGACCCUUUAAUGGCCGCACUACUCUGAUCUUCAAACAUGUUGUCACAAACAUUGGAAAUGCCUACAACCCAUACACAGGUAUUUUCACUGCACCAGUGAGAGGAGCCUACCACUUUGACUGGAAAGUACUAGGACGUGACAGCACACACACAGGUGCUUAUCUAUUCAGGAAUGAAGAGAAAAUUUUUUUUGCAUAUGAAACUCAAUCAACUGGGUGGCCAAGCGCCUCUAAUGGAGCCUCAGUGCUUCUAGAGGUUGGAGAUCAGGUGUCUGUACGUCUCUGGGCUGGUUCAAGGAUAUAUGACAAUACAGAGCAUCACACUACCUUCAGUGGUCAUCUGAUUUUCACCAUGUGAGAGGUGUGACAGCUCCAACACUUCCUGUUUGGACUAACCUGUGUGGGCGAAGCUUAGACAUUAGAUAAACAGGAAGUGAAUCAUUUGCCAUAAUCAGUUUCUUGCUCUCUCUCUCUCUCUCUUUCUGGUUGUGUUCUAGUUUUGUGUUUAUUUGUUUCUACUGACUCAGAUAAUUUACUUCUUCUUGUUAUCUUUGAUUCAAAUACAUCCAGUUAAAUGUUCAGUGAUUCUCUUCUCUUUGUCCUUUCUUUGAGUCGGCUCUUCAUAAAGUGCUGCUCCUCCAUUAGGUCCUGACUAUUUUCUAUAAGUUGGUAAACUGCAUCGUUUUUUAUUGGCUCCACUGUCCUGUGUUGGUCAGUCUGUUAUUUUGGUGACUGCUGGCCCACAUGUUUGCUUUUAACUGGAGUCUUUGCUGUUAAGUUGAGCAAAAUCCAACAGUUCCUCUUUUUUCUCUCCUUUGAUAAUCAUGCAGGUGUUUUUCUUAAACUCUUAA